GAUAAUGGAUUUCUGUCUGUUUCUGUCUAGCUGUCCACAAGUUUCGGCGUCCCGCACGUUCAUUGUAAUCUUGUGGAAAAUUUUUUUAUUUACAAUUUUUUUAAAUUGAAGUUUGGUGUAUUAAUUAAUUGUGUUGAGUUAAUAAAAAAGUAAGGAUAAUGGCAGAGUACCUAGCCUCAAUUUUUGGUACUGAAAAAGACAAGGUUAACUGCUCAUUUUAUUUUAAAAUUGGAGCAUGUAGACACGGUGAUCGAUGCUCACGAAUCCACAACAAACCUACAUUCAGUCAAACAUGUCUUCUCCAAAAUCUCUAUGUAAAUCCUCAAAAUUCUGCAAAAAGUGCUGAUGGAUCUCACUUGGUUGCCAAUGUAUCUGACGAAGAAAUGCAAGAGCAUUAUGACAAUUUCUUUGAAGAUGUUUUUGUCGAAUGUGAGGAUAAAUACGGUGAAAUUGAAGAAAUGAAUGUUUGUGAUAAUCUUGGUGAUCAUCUUGUUGGUAAUGUUUACAUUAAAUUCCGUCGUGAAGAGGAUGCUGAAAAAGCUGUUAACGAUUUGAAUAAUCGAUGGUUUGGUGGACGUCCAGUUUAUGCUGAGCUUUCACCUGUGACAGAUUUUAGGGAAGCAUGUUGUCGUCAGUAUGAAAUGGGUGAAUGCACGAGAUCCGGAUUCUGCAAUUUCAUGCAUUUGAAGCCAAUUUCACGUGAAUUGCGACGUUAUUUGUACAGUCGUAAGAAGGGUGCAAAAUGUGGUGUUGGUGGUGGACGUUCAUCCCGAUCACGUUCAAGAUCUCGUAAUCGUGAACGUGAACGCAAACGUAAAUCUCGAUCACGUGAACGACGAUCAAGAUCCAAAGAAAGACGCAAGAGUGGUAGAGAAGACAAAGGACGAGAUGGACGUUCUGGACGAUAUUAAUAAUUACAAAUUAAAAAAAAAAAAAAAAGAAAACGAAAAUCGAUUAACAUUAUAAUACACUGAAUCUUAAAUUAUAUUUACAGCCAUCAAUAUAAGUUUUUGUAAAAUUAUAAAUAUUGAUAUUGUAUUUUCAAUAAUUCGAGUCAAUCAAUUAGUACUGAGACUAUUCAAUUUAUGUAAAUCAGUAAAAAUGACAAUUAUUCAAUUCAUCACAAUUUUUUUGUAGAUACAAUUUUUUUUGAUUGGUUUCUAACGAAAAUAAGAUUUCAAACUGUAAUCGUUGAUGAUAAAAACAAAUACAAGCUAUUC